UACAAAGUCAGCCUAGAGACUGACAGCUCGUCCUAGAAAUGGCACGUCUUUUGGAGAAAAAAGCUAUUUGAUUGUGAAAGACAACUGGCCAACCGACUGACCCAGAUGAGCAAGGACUCCAAGCCUAUUCAUUUUGUGGAAUUGGAUUAUGGAAUCUGAUGGUGGAUAUUUGGAUGCGAUCACACGCCCAUGCGACAAUGUCAAUGGAUGUUGUGAUGCACAGUGGCCAGGCUUUUUAUCCGUAAAUAUUUGAUUUUUCACAUUUGGUUUAUUUAACCAGAAGACAAGACGCAAUGUACACAUAAAGAGUGGAUUCUAUUUUAAUGUUGCACUAAAAGGGAGGAUUAUGAUUUUAUUAGGCCUGUUACAUUACUAUUAUUAUUAUUGUUAUUAUUAUUGCCUCGAGGAUGGUGCAUCUGUCUAUCAUAGCCAAAGAAAACACGUUACGGUAGAGGAUUAAUCGCCUCAUUUUUAUCACGUCAACUCGGAUCAGAGAUACACAAAUAUUUGCAAUUGGAAUUACAGCCAAAUGCCUUCACAAAACCCAUAAUGUAUUAUUAUUGUAGGCUAUUUCGUUCUCUAACCUAGCGUGUGAUUCCUUAAGAGCUAGCAGGUGCGGGACCUUUGCUCACAAAUAACUUAAAUGUACAACAUUGUAUCCAUAUAACUAGACAAGGCUAUUGCUUAUGAUUACAAAUGUAUCAGAUGUUAUGAAUGAGCAUCGUUUUAUAGCCUACAAAAUGAACGUUAGAUAAUAAUGGCUAAAACAGACCGUUCUGUACCCAUGGUAUAUCUCUGUCGAGAGGACUCGCGCAUUCGUGAAUGCUCACUGUAUGGCGUUUAUUGAAACAUUACAGUGCGCAGAACGUAGGUCGGACAAUGUAACGACGAACGAUCAAUAAUUGAAGUUCGCUGACUACAAAGACGCAAAAUGUACAGUCACUCAAUUGUGUUUGCCUGAAUGCUGUCUGCGGUAAUUCCUCAUCUAAAAAUGGAGGACUAGGCUAUUUAAGGACAUUACACUGGCGUACACGUUUAUCGAUGUAGUCCUACAGGAUUUAGACGAGGCAGCAGCAAAGUAAGGAAAUAUUUCAAUUGAUAUUAAAACAAAAUACGAGGUCAAGACAAAUUGCAGUAUUUCAUCGCAUUCAAAAAGCCAAUGACCCUGUAAUGACGAGAUGUUAGACAAGCGAUAUUCUUCUGCGCUGUGCUUGGUUGGAAAUAACAACGAUCCUUGUUCAGAGGAUGUUAAACUAUACAGAUUAAACUAUUUUGUGUUUUGUUACAUGUGGUGCAAUUGAUCUAUAAAUAGCCUAUUUAGAUGCGCAAUCUCCUUUAAUUGUCGUGUAGCUUCAUCACUGCCUCUUUAAAUCUCUGUGUCAGGAUCUGUUCUCGAUGAGGCGAAAUGAAGUGCAGCGUUGGCCAUGUAUUAUUCAUCAGGGCAAGAAUUAAAGGAACUACAAAUGGAGGCCUGGAUUCGGCUGAUGGGCCCUGCAUGGAUUUUGUGCGUGAGUUGACAGAGGGCAGGCCCACAUCGCUGACCAGCAGCCGGGAAGCCAUGGACCCGUGUGCCAGAGCGAGCAGCACAGCAGCCCCCCUGCCCUGCACCAGCUGUGGGGGCUGCUGCGACCCUCCUCCCCCUGGCCUCGUGCUCGCUGGUCCCCUUGGCCCCCCUUAUGGCCCCCCUCUCUCCUCCAUGCCCCCACACAUGACCCCUGCUCCCCCGGUGUGUGCUGCUACAGCUGUCCAGGCUGAGAAUGGCAGCAGCUGGAACUCCUCCUCUGGUUCUUCAGACUCCCACCCCGGCCAUCAGGGCGGCUCUACCACCUCCAUACCCUACUGGACGGCCGUGUUUGACUACGAGGCCACGGCAGACGAGGAGCUGACCCUGCGGCGCGGGGACCUCCUGGAGGUCCUCUCCAAGGACUCCAAAGUGUCCGGGGACGAGGGCUGGUGGACGGGAAAGAUCCAAGACAAGGUGGGCAUCUUCCCAUGCAACUACGUUACUCGGAGGGACGCGGGCAGCUACCCGCAGCUAACCCCAGGAGGGCUGGUGGCGGGUGGGGUGCCUGAGGGGUGCCCCCUGGAGAUCGACUUCACGGAGCUGGUGCUGGAGGAGGUGAUCGGGGCGGGGGGGUUUGGGAAGGUGUAUAGGGGGAUGUGGCAAGGGGAGGAGGUGGCAGUUAAAGCUGCCAGGCAGGACCCUGACGAGGACAUUAGCGCCACAGCUGAAAGCGUACGACAAGAGGCCAGACUUUUCUGGAUGCUCAGACACCCCAACAUCAUCAACCUGAUAGGGGUGUGCCUGCGAGAGCCCAACCUCUGCCUGGUGAUGGAGUAUGCCCGCGGGGGGGCCCUGAACAGAGCCCUAGCUGGGAAGAAGGUGCCCCCCAGGGUGCUGGUGAACUGGGCCGUGCAGAUCGCCACAGGGAUGGACUACCUGCACAAUCAGACCUUUGUACCGGUUAUACACAGAGACCUCAAGUCUAGCAACAUCUUGAUCCUGGAGCCCAUUGAGAGGGAGGAUCUGGGUGGGAGGACCUUGAAGAUUACAGAUUUUGGCCUGGCACGGGAGUGGCAUCAGACCACCAAGAUGAGCGCGGCCGGCACCUACGCCUGGAUGGCCCCCGAGGUCAUCAAACUCUCCCUGUUCUCCAAGAGCAGCGACGUCUGGAGUUUCGGGGUGCUGCUAUGGGAGCUGCUAACAGGAGAGGUUCCGUACCGUGAGAUAGAUGCGCUGGCCGUGGCGUACGGAGUGGCCAUGAACAAACUGACCCUGCCCAUCCCCUCCACCUGCCCCGAGCCCUUCGCACUCCUGCUGGCGGAAUGCUGGAGCCCUAACCCCCACAGUCGCCCGUCCUUCACGAGUAUCCUAAUGCGACUGCUGGCCAUCGAACAGUCGGCCAUGUUUCAGAUGCCCCUGGAGUCCUUCCACUCUCUGCAGGAGGACUGGAGGCUGGAGAUCCAGCAGAUGUUUGACGAGCUCAGGGCCAAGGAGAAGGAGUUGCGUUCCUGGGAGGAGGCGUUGGCUCGUGCAGCCGAGGAGCAGAGGGAACAGGAGGAGCAGCUGAAGAGGAGAGAGCAGGAGCUGGCUGAGAGAGAGAUCGAUAUCGUGGAGCGUGAACUAAACAUCAUCAUCCACCAGAUGUACCAGGAGAAGCCCAGGGUCAAGAAGCGCAAGGGCCACUUCAAGAAGAGCAGACUGCUCAAGCUGGGCAGAGACAGCAACAGCAUCAGUCUGCCCUCUGGUUUUGAGCAUAAGAUCACAGUGCAAGCGUCUCCGAGCGUGGAUAAGAGGAAACCCCAGGGCAGUGAGAGCACCACACCUCCAGCCAGCCCAGGGGUCAUACCCCGCCUCAGGGCCAUACGACUGACACCCAGCGAUGGCAGCAAGACAUGGGGCCGCAGUGCUGUGUGUAAGAAGGAGGACCUGGCAGCUAGCAAAAAGAAGGGACGCACCUGGGGCCCCAGCUCCACCCUCCAGAGAGAGAGACUGGGCGGAGAGGACAGGUUGAAGUCGCUGGGCGACGGAUGCAAGGUGUGGUCUUCUAGUGCCCCGAAUCUGGGCAAAUCUCCCAAACACGCCCCCAUGACCGCUGGCUUCUCCAGCCUCAAUGAAAUGGAGGAGCACUGUGAGUUGGAGGAGUCGCCCGGGUCUCUGAUGCCCCCAGAGCCCAGCAGUAACGGGUCUGUGGAGGAGGGAGGCGGGGUGGGGCCCGGGAUGGGGAACGGGAUGAGUUACCAGGACUCUCUGCGGCGCUGCAGCCAGAGGAAGAAGAGCGACCUGCUGCUGCUGGGCUGUGCCUCCCUACUGGCCUCUGUAGGCCUGGGACUGGACCUGCUACAGCUGGGGAGACUACAGGUACAACAGGACGAGCAGGACCUUAGAGAGGAGCAACGCAAGAAAAAGGACAGCAUUUUCCAGCGAACGGGUCGCUUCCGCCGCAGCACCUCUCCUCCGAGCCGCACCCUGUCCCUCUCUCUGUCCCGCCACCAUGACUCUACUCUACCCUGCACGGACCCCUCUCCCUCCGUCACCCUCCUCUCCCUCUCCUCCCUCUCAGACUGUAACUCCACCAAAUCCCUCCUUCCCUCGGACCUUGAGGACUUAGCGUUGACCCCUGGAGUGGGCGCCUCCCUCACCGUGGCGCCCCCCGUCCCCCCCGUCCCCUCUGUUAACCCCCUCCUGGAUCUGAGGGCAGAGAGCUUCAAGAGGGAGCCCAACCAGUCACUCACGCCCACCCACGUGUCUGCAACAAUGAACAGGGGGCACAGACGCACCCCCUCUGAUGGGGCAAUACGCCCCCGUGCCCAAACCCUAGGGCACCGCAGGACCCCCUCGGACGGCAGCAUGCCCAUGCCACCCCCGCCAGGGCCACCCACCCUUCCCCUACAUGCAGGUUACAGGGAGACCCUGGAUAUCCCCCGAUUCUCUGACCCCUCCAGCCUCUUCCCAAGGGUCCUUCGCCGCAAGGCCCCCGCUCCGCCUGUCCCCGUCCUGGAGCCCCUAACCAUCAUCAGCCCCUUGGAGAGGCCCAAGACCCUGGAGUUCGCCCCCCGGCCUCGGCCCACCCCAGCCAAGGUGCGACCAGACCCCUGGAAGCUGGGCUCCCUGUCCAGGACCCUGAGCUCAUCGCCGGGCAGCAGCUGUGACAGUCCCCUGGGCUCUGGGGACAGCAGCACCAGCGCAGCCAGGCCCAACCUCAUGGACAUGGACGUGGAUGGACAGGAUCUGGACGGCACUGUGCCCCUGUGUGAACAGCACCAGGCCACACAGCUCUGUGGACAGAACUAUGGUUAAGCCACACUCUGCCACAUUACUGUAUAUGGGCAACACUACUCCUAGUGCACACUUCAAAGACUCCUAGUGUGCACGCUUUAUUCCUGGUACACAAUCCCUUUGCGAACAGUACUUCACCUAUUCCCCACUCAGAAGCCCACUUUUGCGGGCUGUACCUCUCUCCUGGUGGUCACUCCUAAGCCUUGUAGUAUGCCCGCUAGUCUCCUAGUGCUCCUAGUACUCACCCAGAAUCCGGGACAGCACUUGUCUUAGUGUCCCUUCCAAAGCCGCCUAGUGUGGGACAACAUUCCUCUGAGUGACCACUCUGCAGCCCCUAGAGUUCUAACCUUUAGUGCCCUAGUGACCAGUGUGCCCUCCUAACCUUCCACAUAUUACCCGUCCUCUAAAAGGAAGGAACAUGUAAGCCAUUACACUUCCAGACAGACACUUCUAAGUGCUCAUCCCUGUUCAUCAUUUACUAUAGUAGCACUCAUUCUGCUAAACCACUCCAUUGACUCUCUGCCUCUCUCUACACAGGUGUCAUGUCUGUCUCUGCUCACUCCUUCCCCAAAGACUAGGGCUGAAGCUUUGCCAGCCGUAGACAAUUCACACCUCUCAUCAGGGUUGGAAUCAUUGUACACAUUGACUCUUGGGAGUGCCCUUGAAGUGUCCAUGUUAAUAGUUUUAUUGUGGGGGUGACCUGAUUUGUUAUGAGAGACCUCUGGGUGUCCCCUCAUGUGAACCCUGCUGCCCCUCCUUCAUAUUUACAUGUAGUCAUGGUAGGUAGAUGCUCAAAUCCUGAGCGACUUCCAAAUCAGUGCGUAAGCUGCACUCUUAUUGUGUAUCCCCUUCUAUAGAACUAAUGUCCAACUCCCUCACAUCCACAUAGCAUCUUCCUGUAUAGGAAUGGUCUCUAUCCUGCCCCCUCUCCCCAAAGACUGGAACAGGGAAGCCAUUUUAAGCUCCACAGCACAAUGGACAGGACUUUAUUUCCUCAGCUCUGUAUAGCGAAUGAGUUGUAUUUAUCUCAAUGCUUGAACCAUUCCAGCCAUAACCUGUUUAGCACAGAAUUUUCUAUUGGUUUGGCGAAUUGUGUGUCUGUGUGGGUGCGCACGUGCGUGCACGUGUGUGCUUGCGUUUUGUUAACGCAUGUUAUUUAGUGUGAAUGAUGUAGUGUAGAAGUAGCACAUCCGUUAUAAGAGAGCAGAAACAUUAUGUUUUUCUCCCUCAUUCUUUAUGUAAUCAUAGGGUUGCAAAAUGUCCGAUAACUUUUCCAAAAUUCCUUGGUUUACCAGAAACCCUGGUUGAAAGAUUCCUGGAAUAAGCAGGAUAUACGUGAAUUCUCGAACCAGGAUUUCUGGAAAACCAAGGAAUUUGGGGAAAGUUACGGUAAAUGUGAAACUCUAUGUCCUCAUAACCUGGAGUUUCUCAGCAAACGUCCUCUCGCUCAACAUCAUCACUGCUCUGUAUAGAGCCUCUCAUACACUCUGUUAUAUGGAUAGUUUACUACAACAACAGCAGGUCCUCUGAGAGCAGAAGAGAACCAUGGGAAAUGAGGGUUAAUCCACUUGCAAUAAAUGGUUAAUGAAUACUACCCGUUUUCUACAAAAAACGAAUUCCCACAUUCCAUACCCCUGACUUCCUUCUCUCACCUACUGGAGAGUGAUACAGCACCAUUGAAGGGAAAAAGGGGCACACUCUUUGGUUAAAGAGCCAUGAUAUUGACAUUGAUUUGUCCGUGUCACAAGAGUGCAGAUUGUGAAGGACUUGACACAAGUAUUUACUUGACUAUGUGUGCAGGAGUGUUUGUAUGUAUGUGUGUGUAUGCGUGUGUGCAAGUGUGGGUGUUUGUGUGUGUGUGUGUAUUUAGUGUUAUUAUUUGUAUGGGAUGGUGACAAUCCCAUAGGUAGAGGGGUGAGCCAAACCCACCCUUAUUCUCCUUGUGUGGUUAAGAACGCUCAGAGUAUUUAUUAAAAUGAUUGUUAUAAUUGAAAUAAUGAUUAAUUAUUGUUAUUAUGAUUCUCUUUCCGGAAUAUCUGUAUAUAUAUUUGUUAAUAUAACACAGACCAACCAAGCAAACUGCAGACUGACGUUCAUGUACAGUGUGGAUGGGAGGAUGUCUUCGAUCUGUCUCAACCUGUGAUGUUCUGGGAUACGUGAGGAAAGAGUGACGUGUUGUUGACUGUUGAGGGGUGAUGAUGAAUGAUUUAAUGAACAGCAAAAUAAAAGAGGAAGAGGGAUGCUU